CAACAUCACCGCGAUAAGUCAAAUCUCGAGCACAAUCCACUCGCCAAUCAUGCCGCUUUCCCAGAAGCCUUUUAUGCGCCACAUCUGCGCUGGCUUUGGCUCCCUCUUCAUCGCCUUUGGAAUCAACGCCAUGCUCCGACCUGAAAGUGCACUUUCAUUCUUUGAGCUCACCUACCCAACCUUGGCCUCGCAGCGCAAGCUCGCCGACGUCUUGCUCGCCGCCUAUGGCUAUCGCGAUGUCUUUAUGGGACUCUCCAUCUUUGCAGCGGCCUACUGUGGCACCGUUCAGUCGCUCGGCCUGAUCAUGCUCGCAGCUGCCAGCGUGGCUGCCGUUGACGGAUGGGCGUGCUAUGCCUUGGUUGGCUCCGGGCAGGGCAAUCACUGGGGCUAUGCGCCGUGGCUGGUCAUCAUGGGAGCAAUUCUGGCGCUAGGCUUCUGAAGAGAAACCUGUUCGCUGCGCUGCGAGCACGAUUGUCCUCAUGAUGCAAAGAUGCCUGCUUUCGGGCUCAACGCAGGCGCAGUGGACGGCUCUCUGCGUCAUUCUCUCUGGCGGCACAGCUCGACAAGAAGCUUCAGCCUCCUACAGAAUAGCUCGCUUUCGCCUUCUUGAUGGGCUGCGCCUCUUAUAUGCAUCCACCCACUCGAAUCGUCCGUGCUUACUGUUUGUCUCUCGCGGCAGCGCUCUCUCUCGCCGCUGGUUGCCGAAGUCCACCCACCUCGCUUUGCCUCAUGCUGCUACCGAUAGUACCCAAUACCCUAUGAACUUGCUGAAUCUCGAUCGCGUG